CAAGGUGAGGUCCCAGGAGCUGGCAUCUCUAGUCUUAAUUCUAUCGCAACAGAUUGUGCCGUGGUGAAGAAACAGCGUCUUCGGAAAGUGGUGGGGCAGGAUAAAUACCAAAUCAACAACAAGUAUGAUAAAAGAUACACACCACGUCCUGUGGAUGAAAUCAUCUUCAGGGCAAAAGCAAAGGUGGGGAAAAAGAUUGCCUAUAACGUGAUCAGUCAGAACUGUGAGCAUUUCGUCACUAAGCUGCGUUAUGGCAUUCCAGUCAGUGACCAGGUCAAUGAUGGUAUUGACUUGGCUGAAACAGUCAUGACUGUUAUCACCGGCGCUGCUGUUGGUAUCAUGGGCAUUGCUGCAUUGGUGCUUGGAAGAAAACAUUGACCCCUGCAACAAGAGGAAAAGAGAGCUCUUACUGUAAACUGAACCAGAGGGUCCUGCAGGCAGAAUUACCGGCACCAGCUUCCUUGAUCUUACUAUAACUCUGUUUCACGUAAAGAUGUUAGUGUGGUCAGUUGAGGUGCAGCAGCUGAGAAAAUUGUAUGCUUCCGCAGUAGAAUAUAGUCCCACACAAAUAUGAGAAUUAUCAUUAACUUUUAUGCACUGCCUUUGUCAAAACCAUUAUUUUGCACAUUAUUGAACAUGAUGUUUUGAGACGAGAACAUUUAUGC